UCGGAAAUGAUGCAGUUUACCUGUUGAAGGAAUCAGUUGGCCUUCUAAUCUUCGCGAGUCGAAAUGCAUAAAUGAAAUUAGCACCUGUUGUAGAAUUGUCGGUGUGAACUAUCAAUGCAAUCUUUUCCGUUUCAAGAAAAGAAUAAAUUUCUUCGAUUUUCAUUUUUAGAAGAAAAUUAAUGUACUUAUGAAGUAAGAUGAUUCCCAUAAAGAGACUUCCACUUGGAUCAAGACGUCCUAAUACUUUGGAGCAGGAAAGAGAAAACUCUGAGAGGCAGCAGGAAGUGAGCUACCGCAAGGCAAUCAAUGAACAGGAAGAACCCUCUAAGCCCAAGCAUGUCCGCAACCUCAUUAUUGCAACUCACAAGGACAAAAAUGCUACCAAUUUCUGGAAGCUAGCCCACACCCUGAGUCCCCUGGCCACAGAUGUGACAGCAUGGAAGUUCUGCCACGCUCUCCACAUCAUCUUGAGAGAUGGUCACAAGCAUGCACUUCGGGACACCAUGAAGAACUUUGAGUUCAUCCGCAGCAUGAGGGAGCAUUUUGGUCACUUGACUCAUGGGUAUGGCCGCCUCAUUGUGCGCUACUGCGACUUGCUGAUGUGUAAGCUCAACUUCCAUAAGCGCAACCCUCAGUUCCCCAGCAACCUCAGCGUCAAGCCUGAUGAUCUGCACUCCAUUGCUGAGACUGACGCUAAUGACUAUUUUGAAUUGGCUGUGGAGAUGUUUGAAUACACAGAAUGCAUCCUGAAACUAUUCAAGGAAGUAUUCAAUUCGCUGGAUCAAUCCCGUGCGGUGUCCAACACCCGCGAGGGGAAGUGUAGGCUGGCUCCCCUCAUCCCCUGCGUGCAGGACUCUGCCUCCCUCUACGACCUCACCGUCCGCAUCCUCUUCAACCUCCACAAAGAACCUAGCAUGUACUGCAAGCAUCCCACUGACCCAUCGCUGACGACCGACCUGCUGACGGGUCACCGCACGCGCUUCUCUGAACAAUUCCUGGAGCUGCGUAACUUCUACUCCAGCACCUCCAAGCUCCAGUACUUCCAGCAGCUGGGCAUUACCAUCCCACAACUCCCUACCGAGGCACCCAACUUCCUGGUGGAGGCUGAGCUGGCGGUGCACGUGGCGCCGGUGGUGCUGGUGCAGGAGCAGCCUGACGACUGCACGUCCGAGCUGUACGACGCGUCUCUUAUAGACACCUCUGACCCGCCCCCCAUACCCCCACACCCCCUCGACCACACGCUCAAUGGGUCGAUGGCAGAGAGCCUGGCUGAGCGGGAUGCUCUGAUCGAGGCGCUGACGCAGGAGCUGCAGAGCACCCGAGCACGCCUGCAGCAGCACCAGCAGCACCAGCAGCACCAGCAGGAGCACCAACAGCAGUUACUGACAGAGCUGCAGCAUCUCAGAGCUCAGAACCAGAGUCUGGAGGUGGCAGUACAGCAGGAGAGGACGGCCAAGGAGAGCGUCAUGCUGCAGGUGGAGGCCGCCGCUGCAGGAGUUGAGGCUCUCGCUAAGCUGCAGCAUGAGGAGAAUAACCGACGGAUUGCCGAGGAGAAGUUCACGAAGAUGCGUGAGAUCUACCAGAAGCUGCGUGAUGAACACGUCUCACUCAUACGCUCCAAGGCGGAGGUGGACAGGGCGGCGGAGGGAGAGAGGCUGAGGCGUGAGGCUGGGGAGGCCGCCGUGAGGCGUCUUGAGGCCAAACUGGAGGACCAACAGCGCCUUAUCUCCGACAUGCACGAUAACACUGAUAAGGAGAAGGAGACGUUGCUGAACCGCGUCGCAGAGCUCCAGCAGGCCUUGGACGCUGCUAGGGAGCUGGCCGAUAAACAGUCGGCGGAACACGAACAACGGCUCGCACUUCUUGAGGUUCAGACUGGCGGAUUAACUGAUGAACUUCAACUGAAGAACAAGCAGUUGGAGCAAGCCCAAGAACUGCUGGAACAAGCCGAGAAACAGUUGGAACAAGUCCAGGAAAAACUGGACGAAACUAACGCCGUUAAAAAGGCUACCCAAGACCAGGCUGAUGAACUGAAAGCAACUUUACUGAAAUCUGAAAUGGAAUUGGAGUCGCUGAAAACUCUGCUUUCAGCCUCCCAAGCUCACGCUGCUGACAACGCCGAGCAGAAACGAAUUUUGGAAGCUGAACUAAUGAAAGCUCUGGCUGAACGAGACGCGCUGAGACGCGACAUCGAGAAGACCAAUAACGAAAAGGAAGCGCUUGAAUCGAGAAAUCGUGUUCUCGAAAACCGAAUCGAGGUUCUGAUGAACGACAACGAGCGAUCGAUCGAGUCCCAGCAAGUUCUACGAACCGAGAACUCGAUCUUACGUGACCACCUCGAUCAAUCCAGGGAAGAUGUUUCUCGACUCGAGCUUCGAUCGAAACAACUUGAAGAGACCCUCGGUCUCGGUCAACAAGCUCUCGAUCAUCUCCGUGAAGAGGCCGAAGAUCGAGAAGAUCGAUUAGCGAGCGUGCAGCGCAGCCUGCACGAGUGUGAGAUCUUAAAGGAAGAUCUAGCCGAGUGCAAAGAUCAGUUGAUCGCACGGGUCGCUGAUCUACAAGAUCGACUUGCUACGAGUGUUGCCGACCAGCGGGCCAUGAAGAAAGAAUUCAAAAAACAGGUGAGCGUGCAGCAACGCUGCACUGAGGACCGCGUUGCAGCAUGCGUCUCGUCCUGUGCUGCAGGCUGUGCUGCACUGCUGACUCUUGCACUGCAGCAUUCGCGGUCUGAUCAGCACGCUGAACUCCGCAGCACUCCAGAAUUCACGCUGGUAUUCGAGCCAAUCAUCACUGGCUGCCUGGAGAGGCUGCCGCCGAUCAUCAGCCAAUACUUCACAGCCAGCCAGUCAGUGUCAGCCGCUCCUGAGCUCAUCAGCCAGCUGGCUGAGUACAGCCACAGCACAGCCAGCUUUGUGCUCUACGCCACAGCCGCCUCACAUGUGGCUGCAGAUAUCGAGAUGGCGCAAGCACACAGGCUAGUGUCGCGCUGUGUGGACACGAGCGUGUGUGUGGAGGACGCGGCGGAGGCCGUGGAGCGCGAGAUGGACGCCAUGACGCGGGCCAUCGCUGAGGCCACGGAGGCCACCGCCGCCAUCUUGGCCGCCGCUAGGAAGGAUCAGACUGGCCUCAAGCUCCAGGUGAACGAGUCGCUGCUGGGUGUGUGCAUGGAGCUGCUGAGCGCCGUGCAGGUGCUGGUGGUGCGUGCAGCGCACCUGCAGCAGGAGGUCGUGCAGAAGGGCAGGGGCGGCGCCAGUCCUAAGGACUUCUACAAGAGGAACCACCGCUGGACCCAGGGUCUUAUCUCGGGGGCUAAGGCCGUCGCCAUCGCAGCCCAGGCACUCAUGAGCGCGGCAGACGCGGUGGUGUGUAAGGGCGGCAGGUUCGAGGAGGUGAUGGUGUCGUCCCGGGAGAUCGCGGCGUCGUCCAUGCAGUUGGUGAUGGCGUCCCGCGUGAAGGCGGAGCCUGGCAGCGCCGCCCUCGCCGCCCUCAACACCGCCGCUAAGACCAUCUCUACCCUCGCCGGUACCCUCGUCGCUACUGCAGAGAACGCCAGGGACCAAGUCGCCAGUGAUGACCUAGACUUCUCGUCGCUGUCGCUGCACCAGACCAAGCGGCUGGAGAUGGACGCGCUCGUGAAGGUCCUCGAGGCCGAGAAGAAGCUGGAGGAACAGCGCGAGAAGCUGGCACAUCUACGGCGACAUCACUACCAGAUGGCGGGACAGGCUGAAGACCCGCAGUAAGACGACACGACGUGGCAACCACAACUCGAAUGCAGCGAUCCUAAAUGAACGCAAAUGCUGCAUCAGUGACUAAGAUGGCAGGAAUUUCCCAUUGUUAAUGCUGCUCUACACUAACUGCUACCAUUAAAGGAGCCGCCUCCAUCUUUAUUGCUGCUCUUUAAAUUAAGGUAUCGCUAUGUCGCUGCCUCCCAUGCGUGCCGGUGGCAAGACGAGGACGACGGGCAGAAGCGAUGCUCAUGGAGAAACACGAUUGCUUUUAAGUCUCGCUCGGUGAUAAUUUAUUAAAUUAAGCGGUUAGUGGAAUGUGCAUGCCUUAUUAUAUGUGUCUAAAAUUUGACAAGAUGUGGCUUGUACGUGAUGGUGAGAUUAGGUCCAUUUCUCGUGCUGGGGUGAGAUUUGGCACGUAUGCAGCGAAGAGUAAUUUGGAUUUCUUAGUAGGGAAAAUAAAGAGACCACACAACGAACUUCUACUUCGGUUUUGAAGCAACUGAAAUUCA